AUGGCACUAUCCUCCUCUGUACCAUUGAGGUCACGGCCUAUUGCACCUAGACGCAUUGCGCUGGUGCUAAUCGUUUGUGUGUCUGAUCUGCUGCUCACUGGUCUCGUCUUUGGCUGGGCGCCCUUACUGCUUUUGCUGCAAGAAGAAGGACAAUAUCAUGAGCUUUGCACCGAUCCAAGCGAAUUCACGUGCGUAAGCCAAGAGAACCGCCUCAACCUCAUAUUUGCAGUUGCCUCCGUCGCGAUGAACAUUGGCGCGUUGCCCGUGGGUAUGUUCUUGGAUCGCGUGGGGCCUCGUGUGACUAUUGCAGUGGCUGCCAUUAUCGAAGUUUCUGGCUUGUUCAUGCUGGCAAUAUCAGACUCAAAGAUGCUUGAUAUGUUCAUACCAGCCUACGUCUUCAUCGCAUUUGGAGGCUGCAUCACCAUGAUGUCAUCAUACCCAGCUAGCUUUCUCAUUAUGCGCUACCAGACUGCGAUUCUUGCAGCUAUCAGCUGUCUUUUCGAUGGCAGUAGCGUCGUUUUCCUCGUAUUGUAUACUGCUCGUGAACGCUUUGGGUGGUCACGAAGAGAAUUGUUUCUAGGACUUGCAUCAAUGGCUGCUGCUGUGUAUUUGCUGCUAAUUUUCCUCUGGGGACUCAAUGAGAAGAGCCUGCGUCCGAAACGCAGACCUAAUGUCAAUGCCAAUCAAGUGAUCUUGUCAAUGCCACAGCGAGAACAAUUGCGGGUAAAUGAAAAGGCUAAUGACACUGCAUAUGGCAGCGUAGAGGUGGAGCAGAACAUGCAGAUCUUGUCGAUGCCAACAAUCGGCGAUGAAACAGCGUUCCAUCUCGUGGAUAUCGCCGUCCAUAAGCAAAUGAGAUCGUUCGAGUUCAUGUUCAUCGUAGGGUAUGCAGCUGUGCAGGUGUUGCGUGCGAAUAUCUAUAUCGGCACGGCCAACAAGCUGCUGGAAAACUACGGCGACCAUGAGCACGGCUAUCUUUACACCAAGGUGUUCAGCUUUGUAUUGCCGAUUGGCUUCGUGUUUGUGCCGUUGAUUAACUAUCUGGUGGAGACUCGCGGGCUGUCAAAGGCGCUGGUGUUUACAAAUGUACUGGGUGUGCUUUACAAUGUACUCGAGCUGAUACCGAGCCUCCCAGUGCAAUGCUUAGCCUUCUUCCUCUUUACCGCGUUUCGUGCGUUCCUGUACGCAAUUAUCUCGGCUUUUACCGCGAAAACCUUUGGUCUUAAAAACAUGGGUUCUCUUAUGGGCAUCAUGUUCUCGAUUGGCUCUGUCAUUAGUCUGGCAGAGUAUCCGGCCGUCUACAUCUCCAACUCACUUUUUAGCGGUGACUUGACGGUACUUAAUCUGGUGUCACUGCUGUCUUGUGUACUGAUGAUUCCACUGACAAUGUACCUGCGCAAAUACGAGCACGAACACGAGAAGAAGCGCCGCGCCGAGAUCGCGCUCAAGAGCGGUUUCGCGAAUGAACACGGCCAGCGUGAGACAUAUUCGUCACUCAUGGACACGCCGGCACUUGGCGUGACUUUUCUCCGCUCGCCGGGUAAUGCACCGCAUAAUGACCCGUUCUCUCCUGAGUGA